AUGGAAGAAAAGUUCCACAAUCUGCCGGUGCUGUCGCGGCCAUGGCCGAGCGAGGCCCCGGACGCCUCCGUCGAUCAUGUCAAUCCCCAGCCCUAUCCGUCCCAACUCCCUCUAGUCCCAGGUCCAGCUCCGGUGCCACCGCAACCACAACCUCCAACACAACCCAAAGCCCGCAAUGCCCCCGCCAAGGUCCGCAAGCCCCGCAAGGCGAACGCCAACGCCUCGGGGAAAUCAACGCUCUUCUGGGUAAACAGCGAUCCACAAACAGCAGCAGAAGGCACAACGGAAGAGACUCUCAAGCGGAUUCGGUCCCAUGUGAUGUCCGAGCAUAACCGCAAAAAGCGCAUGGAAAGCACGAAGCAAUACAACAAAGACAAAUGGAAGCAGACGCCAUACCAGACGCCUGCCGGAGCGCUUGGCUCGGCCACAUCUGGCCGUGGCCUUGGACCUGCGCGCGCAUCUAUAAGCUCUGCGGCUAGCUUGGCCGGGUCUGGGAGGCGGAUCUCUGAAGAGUCAGAGGUGGAGGAAGUUGGGAUGAGUAAUGCGCUGGUAACUUCUUCUUCCUCUUCUUCGGCUGGAUACCCUGUUGGCUCGGGGGCGUCGAUAUGGGAACAGGGGGAUCAUGGGUAUGGAGAGGCGGCUGCAUAUCCGUCUAUAUGGUCGUGUGUUGGGCAGGGUGCGAAUGACCCAUUUCAUACUGGACAUACGCAAUUGACGGAUCGGAUGAUGUCGCAUUUGAGGGUUUUCUUGUGGGAUCUGACGCAAGAAGCGCAUCCGUUGCAGACGCGUUAUAAGCCCAAGCUGCAGGCACAUUGGGCCUCUCUGAUCCAGCGCGAUCCCGCCAUUUUGCAUGCGACUAUCUGUAUGGCAACGUCUAAUACUGCCAUGCAGGCUGGCGAGUUGCCCAUUCGAGACCCAAAUCAAAAGAGGAGUCAGUUGGUCAUUGAUACAUUCCACCACCGGGGUGAGACUAUUCGACUUGUUAAUGAGGGCUUGUCGGACCCCGUCAAGGCAUCGAGUGAUGUUCUUAUUGCUGCUGUUUCCACCCUCUUGACGAUUGAAAUUGCAUCGGGAAACCCUGAUUAUCUCAAAAUCCACCUAGCAGGACUGCGACAGAUGAUCGCCCUGCGAAAGAACUUUGAUGAAGUCCCCUCGGACGUGCGGUUCCAAAUCUCAUGGACUGACAUCCGCGUCGCCUGCAUGGCUCACGCCAAACCAAUCUUCCCCUUUCAACGCGCCUCUUCCCCCCUUCUCAAAAUCCCGGGCAUAUUCGGCGAAGCCAUGCCCCAGAUAAUCUACGACCUGCUCGAACUUUCCUGGUACGCAGAAUGGAUCAAAGGAAAAACAGGCUACCGAGAAUUCAACGAAGAAACCGAAGACUACUUCAACACCGAAGUCCUAUACGUGGAAUACAUGCUCCACACAGAUCGCUACACCCCAACCGGCCAAGUCAAAGGCGACAACUCAAUCGAGGGCUGCACCCGUCUCGCCUGUCUCCUCUUCCACAACAGCGCCAUCUGGAGCUUCUAUCCCAUGGUCGCACAGCUCCUCCCCAAACCAAUUCUCGCCCUUCGCGCCGCUCUCGCCGCUACCAUCCCCAUGGGACUGUUUGCACUGUGUCGGGAUCUGCUGAUCUGGCAGCUCGUCAUGGGCGCUGUGUGCAGCGCGACUUUACCAGCCGAGCGGGCCUUCUUCGUUUCCGAGCUGGCUGCUGCGGCGCGCCUACAGGGGAUUUCGACUUGGCAAGAAGCUCGAGCGCUCUUGCUGGGCUUUUUCUAUGUCGAUCGUGUCCAUCUGCCCAUGCUCCGACAGGUUUGGGAUGAGGUCUUGAUGCAGUGCCAGGUGGAGCCGGCUUGA